AUGUCCGACGAUGAAGUCGACCUUGAACUCUUGGAACUUUUACGCCAGCACGUUCAAGGCAAGCUGAAAGUGAGCGAUGAGCCGGAAACAGAAGUUCUCGACGGCGCAGAGUAUAUAUAUGACAACUCCAUCGAUGUAGCCCUCGACAUGAGGGCGUGCAAGCAGGCCGCCAGCAGCAUCCACGCCCUUAUGCAGCAAAAGUCUUAUUCCACGUCCACUUGGUCAGAGCAUGUUCUUCACCCGAAAGAGAAGGAUGCUUCUACGCUGGCUUUCAUUUUCACAAUGGAUCUUUUAAACUUUUCAUUCUGGUCUGAGCUACCCGAAGAGGAGAGGUUCGCUGUAGAAUACCAGGGACAGGUCUGGACGGGUUACUGGAGCUUGGUUGCGUCUCUGCAGAGAGCCCUAGAAGAAGGAAUCCCAAUCACCAGCUCAGAUUUCUGGCAGAACGAAGACGAGUGUACACUAGAAGUUCUCAAAAACGUCUUCAGAUCUACUACAACAGAGGAAGAGAUACCCAUGCUUGAGGAGCGCCUCGCCUGCUUGCGUGAAGCCGGGCAGGUAUUGUAUGAGAAAUACGGAUGCAGCUUCGAAGAACUCGUGUGGUCGGCCAACGGCUCUGCUGCCGGCCUCGUCAAUAUCCUUGCUCGUGACUUUCCUUGCUUCCGGGACGAGUUCAAGUUUGAAAGCCGCCGGAAGCCAGUCCGCCUCUUGAAACGCGCCCAGAUUCUUGUAGCAGAUUUAUGGGCCUGCUUCGAUGGCCAGGAUUAUGGCGACUUUUACGACAUUGGGAAAAUCACAAUGUUUGCCGAUUAUAGAGUCCCCCAGAUCCUCCAGUCCAUGGGCUGUCUGUAUUACAGCCCGUCACUCAUGUCUACAAUCAAGCACGGCAAGACGAUCAAGUCUGGCUCCUACUGGGAAUUACAGAUACGUGAUAUGCUCAAGCCUCAGAAGUUAUAUGGCCCAUGA